AUACCUGUAAUACACAGCAUUGGAUGAAAUACGCGCAAAUAUAAUAAAUUUUCGCACCAUUAUUAUAUUUCAAUAUAUAUACUGAAUCAAAAGGCACAAACUUCGAUUCAAAUUUUAAUUAUAGCUCUUUCGCGGAAUCCGCCGCUCAGCAACUCUAUAAUUAAAGUAAUAAACAUUUAGCAAAUUUCACAUUUUACAACAGUUAUCACAUAUAAUUAAAAUAAGGGGAUAAUAAAUCUUGAUUGAGGGGAUAAUGGAAAGUCAGAAAUAUAUGUAAUGCAUCUUAGGGUUCGAAGCUACAUUCAAACAGAUCAAUCGCCAACUCUUCGAUUUGGGAUUCUUAAAAAUCCUGAAAAGUCGGAGAAGAUACAUUUAACGUAUAUUCCUAGAAUUAAAUUUUCACGAUUAUGUGCAAAGUUCUAGUCUUCUUUGGAAGUCGGUGGGCAGCACGACUGGUGGGAGCCGAGCAAGCGGUGGUUGUGUACGCGGUGGAAGAAAUCUCCCACCCUCUCGCGGUGAUCGCGCGGGCUGGAUCACGCUACUCGACCUGUCUCCACCUUGUAGUCUCUCCGCGGUAUACCUCUGUGCUCUGUGGUAGCUCAGAUAAAAGUCGCCUUUGCCAGACCAGCGAGUCAACCAGCCAGCCGGUCAGCCAGCUAGCCGGUCAGUUAGCUAGACAGCCAACUCGAAGAGAACAAUCCUUACCGUGCAUACCGUACGUAUACACCGUGGUGCACAUUGUGGUGCACACCGGUCUUAUAAUGGCGCGGCGCGGUGACCGUUUUGGUACGAUAAAAGUCGAGGGCAGCCUUCGGGUGUUCCUGCGCCGGUUUGAGAAGAGCUGAGGGAAAAAGAAGAGGGAGAGGAACGGGUUCUCCGGUGCCAGUGGGCAGUCUAGUCGAAGGCACAGGAUGAUAGCGAACGUCCGAUGAGCAUCCUGUUUCCCGUUGCCCUCCUGCCUGAAAGAGCGAGAGAGAAAGAACAAGUCCUUCGCGGGUGAUUAAGCUACCGCCACUUCCAUCCUUCCUCAACCACCACCACAGCGAGAAGAAAAGAUGUCGAAACAAGAGGAAAUCUCCACCAGCCAAGAAUCGCGCGGGACUUGUGCACGGCCUCGUUGCGCCGCAGUAGAAAACAUGCCGACGAAGAAGGCGAGGAAGACGAAAAUGGUCCCGCCGGACGGCGGAUGGGGCUGGGUGGUCCUCUUCUCCGCCCUUAUUGUUAACUUCCUCAUCCCGGGCACCGUUAAAUCCUUCGGCGUGCUCUUCGUCGAGUUUCUGCACGUUUUCAAGGCGUCCUCCACAGCGGCCUCCUGGAUGCCGGCGUUGUGCUAUUUUCUGUACAGCUCGUUAGGUCCUUUAUCAAGUAUCCUGUCGACCAAGUACUCUUAUAGGACAGUGACCCUCAUCGGCGGUACCUUUGCGGCCAGCGGGAUGAUGCUAAGCUAUUUCGCCAAUUCGGUUACUUAUCUUUACGUCAGUUACGGACUAAUGGUCGGGAUCGGCGCUGGAUUGUCAUUUCCACCGACGGUUUACAUUGUUACGCAGUACUUCGAAAAAUUACGGGGGUUAGCAACCGGUUUAUGCAUUUCUGGCAGUGCAAUCGGCACUAUAGUGCUACCGCCAUUACUGCAAUAUCUGUUGGACUGCUUCGGAUACAGAGGAGCGGUGCUCAUCAUGGGCGCGAUCACGCUGAACACACUAGUCUGCGGUUUUCUGUACCAUCCGGUCGAGGAGCACAUGAAGAUCGUGCCUCUAGAUGAAGGUAUCGACAAUGAAGCAUUGACUCUCGAUGAGUCUACGGAGGCCGGCAAAGGGGAGUCGGCUGAAAAACCAGAAAGCAAUUUCAAAAUUGGCUCGAGUCUUCCAGCUGCUCCGGGCGACGAUGACAAACAAGUGCGCAAGCUCUCGGAACUUUUGCACAACGUGGUGCUGGAAUCAACCAACGAAAAAGUGUGCUACGAAUCUGAAAGGAAACUGAGCUAUGAGAAGAAUGAUGAAAAAGCUAACACGAUUCUAAGAUUGCGUCCUAACGUGAUCAAGGAAGAUCCGAUUUCACAGGCGGAAGAGGAUGUCUCGCGGGAGUGCAGUCCAAAUGUGAACGAGAUCUGUAUGACGGCCCGUUCAAGUCUCGCAAAAGAAGACGACGACGGUUCGGACAGCGGUGCGCGGAAUUUAUCGCGCCGCGGCAGCGUUGCUUCCAACGAGAAUAAGUGCGAUUUUUCGAAGAUCGCGGAGAAUCCGAAGGACGAGAGUAACAGAAGGUACGUCGAGGAGCCUAAGCGGGACGACGCGCUCUCCAGGUCGUCGGCGAAGGCGUCGAAGCUCGAGAACGCCGAGAAGGCAUGCUUCUUCGAUCUGAGUGUGCUGAGGGAUCCUAUUUACCUGGUGAUCCUGAUCUCCAAUUCCACGUCGGCCAUCAGCAACACGAAUUUCAUGAUACUGUUGCCGUCCUAUGCGAUUGCCGAGGGCUUCGACAAGCACUCGUCCGCUCUGCUGCUGUCCAUCGUCUCCGCGUUGGAUCUGGUCGGCAGGAUCAGCGGCGCGUCCUUGUCCGACAUCGAUUUCAUGCCAAAGUAUUAUUACUUCGUGGUCGGCCUCGGCACCAGCGGAAUCGCCCUGGCGUUGCUGCCUAUGGCGACCAGCUAUACCAUGCUGUCGUUCUUCUGCGGUCUCUUCGGCCUGUCGUCCGGCAUGUACAUCGGCAUCACGACGGUCAUCCUGGCGGAUAUGCUAGGCACCGAGAAGCUCAGCUCGUCCUACGGAAUAUCGUUGUUCGUCAAUGGCGUCCUGCAGCUCGUCGGCCCGCCCGUUUGCGGCGUCAUCUUCGAGAACGUGCUCUCGUACAAACCGAUCUUCCUCGCCUUCGGAAUCAUCCUAAUCCUCGGCACCGCGCUUUGGGGUGCAGUGCCGAUUAUCAACAGAAAAAAUAAAAAGGACGUAGAAGCGAUAUAAAAUUAAAUCGAAGGAUGCGUCGAGGAAGAUCUCGAUAAACCGAUUUAAAUGAGUGCCUUGCACUAGUCUUCUGGGACUUUUACAAAAUGGACUCUCAAGCGUUCUUAACGUACUUAGAUUGUAAGACAAUGAACAUUCGAGUCGUGUUCUAGACUCUCGCAAAUUUUAUACAUCUAUAUUUUUUGUACUCUAGGAAAACUCGCAAAAUUCUAAUAAUGCCGAACUUCUUUAGUCGCGCAGAACUUCCGUGUAUAUAGUUAUCUGCACAGCAGAUAUUUAUCACGAGUGUUGCUCGAUUUACGCCAUUAUUACGUAAGAUUGUUACAUGAACUGUCAUGUAAGGAAGGCUUGUAUAAACUGAAUAGCUGUCGCUAAAAAUAGAACCGAUAAUUUUGUAUUUUAUUAGAAAUGUGUGAUGCUUAAUAAAAGGAAUGGUCAAACAUUUCUAAAUAUCAUUCAUUAGUAGAACAGAUACAUGUGUCGCUAAUGAAUUUUACUAUUCUAAAAAAAUAUACAUUUUAUAGAAAUUUUUGUUGAGAAAAUGAACAAAGAUUGCAUAUUCCAAUAUAAGGUGCUGUUAUGUAACGUUUUCAGUAAUUUUUAUCAAUUUUUUACCUAAUACUGAAGAAUAUGCACUCUAAAAAUUCACAUUUUUAAGGUACAUGUGUCUGAGUACAUCUAUACAUGGUACUGAGUAUCUAUUGGUUUCUACGAGCCUUUUGUGCAAUAUAAAGCAAUUAUAUCAAGCAAUAUUGCUUGGUUCAUAGUCUUAACAUAAGUUUAUUGUUGAAAAUAAUUAAUACUGCCAGUAACAAAAUCAUAUCAUCGAGAGGUAUCUAUAAUAAAUCUUAUAUAUAACGAUACGAAAAAUUUUAGGAGUUAACGUAGACAAGGGCAUACCAUACGUGUUAUAAGAGUUCCGUUAAACGACUUUGUGCCAAAGUGAUCAGGAAAGUUUCUAGUGGUUCAAACCGCGUUAACACUCAGUUAGACAUCCGUUAGCUAUAAAUCACGUAAUGGCAAUAAAUAUCCAAUUAUUACUAAAUAAUAAUGAUAGUUGAAUAGUCCGAAAAUAACGAUAUAAUAUAACCAUAAUUAUAUUGUUAUAGAUCUUGUGGACUAUAAUGUAAUCAUAUAUAUAUAUAUAGUUUAAUACUUUAAUAGAUUGAUAAUAGACUGAAAUUACCUCUUUUAUCAAGACUUCAUCUGUAGCGAGAAUUCCAUUAAUUAAACUUUUGAUAGAAGUCUUAAAUAUAAUAUGAAAUGUAAAUCUUUCUAUAUAAUAGGAGUUUAAAAUUUUUUCCAAUUGCAAUUCCCGUCGCAGCGUUCCCGAAAGGGCGAUAAACUGAAAACUUCAGUAUGUAUGGAGACACAAAAUAUAGCUACAAUUUGGCAGCAAUAAAUUUUUUCCAGUAUUUUCUUUUUCUCAGUUCCACUUUACUUUCCGAAUAUCCGAAUUGUGUAUCUCAAUUAGCGUGUAUAUUAUAAAAGCUCUAUCGAUCCUUUUUAUUUGCGUAAUUUAAACUGAAAUAAGGACAUAACUGAAAAAAAAAUUCUUUAAUUAUUUCUGGGACCAAAUAGGAAAUGUCAUUGUAAUGGGAGAAAUAUUUUAAAUAAGACAAGUAAUAAUUACCUUUUUCUAGUUUGGUUUUAUUGUAAUCCACUUAAUUCGAGGAUGUCUUUGACAGAAGUUUUGUGUGUUGAAUGUGAAUAUAACGAUGUAACUUGAAGAAAAGCAAGAAUGAGGACAAAGAGAUAUCUCUUUUUAUAAAUAAUCUCGUUCGAAAUUUGGGCAAUGCUGAGAUUAUUUGCGUAAAGCUAUAUGCAAAAUAUAUUUCUGUACAUGUAUGUGUGCGUAUGUCUUUUGCUCAAUUCUCCUGCUUCAAUUGUUGAAAAUACAUGAUCUUUGAUCUAUCCCGAUUAUACAAUUAACAUUUGCGUUAUAGAAUUUGCAUUAUUCUAACAUUUCUAUUUUCUCAGUGUUUGCUAAUUAAUUUCAUAUAUCCGAUACAUUUCACGAGUUAAGAAAAUGCGUUAUUUACAUGCAUUAUUUAUAUUUGUUAGAUUGCCCAAAAAUAUGCUGCAAUGUAGAAUGCAUUUCGUAAUAAAAUAACAGUGUACAUGUAUACAAUAAAAGAUUCAAUCCCUAACGGCAA